AUGCGGUCAGACGAUACGCCCAGAGAGCCACGAAGCGAUGCGACAGCAGGACGAAGACGACAGGCUCGCUCCUCAUCCCGUCCCAGAGGCCCGCCCUCAGUGAGCACCCCGGGCAUGCACAGCGAGAUCGAUGGUUUCGCAGAUGAUGAGGUCGUCGGACGAAGAGGAUUGAGGCGAACGAUGCUGCCGGGUGCUCAGGAUGUUCCACGAGUUGUUGAUACCACCGCGGAGACUUUGGGAAUUCAGUUUGAGCGCUUCCUGGAAGAUUUCGUAGAAGAUCCCACACCAUCAGCUGGACCGACCUCAAGUGCGGUGACCUCGGACAAAUACUACAUUGCGCAAAUCCACGGAAUGGCUCAGUUCGGGCUUUCCACGCUCUACCUCGACUUCACACAUCUGAUGGACCACUCGACAGGCGUACUCGCUCAGGCCAUCCAAGACGACUACUACCGCUUCAACCCGUACAUGCUUCGCGGGCUGAACAACCUUAUCGCAAAAUACGAGCCAAACUACUACAGAGCGCACAGACAGCCAGGCUCCACAACAGCGAGGACAGACACAUCUCUUGCUACACAGAGCCUGAGCGAGGAGCAGAAUAUCGAGAAUAAGACUCCAAACCAGCAAACGGACAAGAUUUUUACGAUUGCGGUGUACAACUUGCCAUUGGUCUCACGCGUCCGCCAGUUGCGGACAGAGCAGAUUGGAAAACUCGUUUCCAUCUCCGGAACUGUGACGAGGACAUCAGAAGUGCGACCCGAGCUGCACUUGGCGACAUUCAUCUGCGAGGCCUGCAACAGCGUCAUUCCCGAUAUCGAGCAGAUCUUCAAGUACUCGGAACCUACACAAUGUCCCAAUGUGACUUGCAUGAACCGACAAGGCUGGCGGCUUGACAUCCGGCAGAGCACAUUUAUCGAUUGGCAGAAGGUCCGGAUACAGGAGAACAGCUCGGAGAUUCCGACAGGCAGCAUGCCGAGGACAAUGGAUGUGAUUCUCCGAGGAGAAAUGGUCGACCGAGCAAAGGCCGGCGAGAAGUGCAUAUUCACAGGCACGCUGAUUGUUGUGCCGGACAUCAGCCAAUUCCGAGUGCCAGGUGUGAGACCGCAAGCCGUGCGCGACACACAGGCACCUCGCGGAGGUGAUGUCGGUGGUAAUGGAGUGAGCGGACUGAAGGCACUCGGUGUGCGAGACCUCACGUAUCGAAUGGCAUUCCUUGCAAAUAUGAUAACGCCGGACACAUCUACGCAAGGCCAGCGAGCGACGCAGAACCUCAAGGGCCAGGCGAGCAGCAUCAUGCAGUCUUUAAUGCAGAGUUCAGAUGCAAGCGACGAGACUGGCGAGAAGGCACAACAGGAGUACCUCGACACCCUCACACCAGCCGAGAUUGACGAAUUGCGACAAAUGGUUCAGUCAGACAACAUUUACAUGCGACUUGUAGACUCCCUUGCACCCAUGGUUUACGGCCACACGGUUGUGAAGAAGGGACUACUGCUGCAGCUGAUGGGAGGCGUGAGCAAAGUCACCCCAGAAGGCAUGGCACUCCGUGGAGACCUCAACAUUUGCAUUGUUGGGGACCCCAGUACCAGCAAGUCGCAAUUCCUCAAGUACAUCUGCUCGUUCAUUCCUCGCGCGGUCUACACGUCAGGCAAGGCGUCCUCGGCGGCUGGUCUGACGGCGGCUGUGGUCAAGGAUGAGGAGACUGGCGAGUUCACUAUCGAAGCUGGUGCGCUCAUGCUGGCUGACAACGGGAUCUGCGCCAUCGACGAAUUCGACAAGAUGGACCUUGCGGAUCAGGUCGCCAUUCACGAAGCCAUGGAACAGCAGACCAUCUCCAUCGCAAAGGCCGGCAUUCAAGCGACUCUAAACGCUCGCACCAGUAUUCUUGCGGCAGCCAACCCAGUCGGAGGCCGUUACAACCGCAAGACCACAUUGCGAGCAAACAUCAACAUGAGUGCACCGAUUAUGUCUCGUUUCGAUCUGUUCUUCGUUGUCCUCGAUGAAUGCAACGAGCAGGUCGACGAGCAUCUAGCGAAGCACAUUGUCGGACUCCACCAGCUGAAAGACGAGGCCAUCGAGCCGGAGUUCAGCACCGAGCAGCUCCAGCGAUACAUCCGAUUUGCGCGUCUCUUCCAACCCACCUUUACCGAUGAGGCAAAGACUUUCUUGGUGCAAAAGUACAAGGAGCUCAGGUCUGAUGAUUCGCAAGGAGGCAUCGGCCGGAACUCGUACCGAAUCACCGUGCGUCAAUUGGAGUCUCUCAUUCGACUCAGCGAGGCGAUCGCAAAGGCCAAUUGUCUGGACACUGUCACACCUGUCAUGGUCGAUGAGGCUUUCAAGCUUUUGCAGCAGAGUAUCAUCAGUGUUGAGAAGGACGAUGUCGAGUUUGAAGAAGAGGAAGACGCCGCUACUGCUGGAGCUGCCGAUCAAGAUGGCGACGAGCAGAUGGACAAUGAUGCAGAGCCAGGAGCUGACGAAGACGCACCUGCAUCAGUCCGUGCUUCACAGACGCCGGCUCCAGCACCCCGACCAAAGACACAAAUCAAGUAUGACGACUUCAUCAAGAUUCACAACAUGCUGCUGCGGAGGGUCAAUGACGAUCAGACCGCAGCGGAAGAUGGUGUCGAGGAGGAAGACCUGCUGGUGUGGUACUUGGAGCAAAAAGAGGAGGAGCUUACGAGCCAAGAGGACAUGGAGGACCAGCGAAAGCUGGCGAAGAAGGUGCUGAAGAGAAUGGUCAAGGACAAUGUGCUACUGCAAAUCCGCGGCGAAGGCCUCGCAGACGAAGAGGGCGAGGGCCUGGAGCAGAGCAACAAGGUCGUCUAUGUCGUACAUCCCAAUUGCUCGGUGGAUGACGUGUAA